CUUAAAGCUUCGAUCAUUAACAGUUCUUUAAAAAACACAUCACAAUAGGCAAUUGAAGCAAAACACUUGUUUAAACAAUUUUAAUAUUUAAAGAAAUACAAUGAAUUUUAACAAAGUUUUCGUAUUCCUUACUUUGAUGCUAGUCGCUUUAGUGGGUCAAAGUCAAGGUGGUUGGUUAAAAAAAUUCGGCAAGAAAAUUGAACGUGUAGGUCAACAUACUCGUGAUGCCACUAUACAAGCAAUUGGUGUUGCUCAACAAGCUGCCAAUGUUGCAGCAACUUUAAAGGGUUAAAUAUGUAUUUAGCAAUUGAUCGAUAAUAUUAAUUAGAAUAACUAAUAUAAGUAUAAACUGACUGCCUUAUUUGUUAAAAAUUAGUUGAUUAAGUAUUAUGUUUAAGAUUGUAUUAAAGAAAUAAAAAUGAUGAUAUUAAAGUAUU